UGCAAACUACUAGGUGUACCGGGGAGAGGCCCAGUUAUCUUAAACGAAAGUCACGUAUCUCCGUGACAGUCAUGCGCGUUUGGGUUGUUGUUGAGUUUGUUAUGACAGGUUGAGGCCUCGGACUAAAUUAUUAUAGCUACCCCUGUCUCUGUCGGGGAAAUCCACGAUGGAGGGCAUGGAAUUAGACCUGGACCCAGAGCUAAUGCAGAAAUUCAGCUGCAUGGGCACUACCGAUAAAGAUAUUCUCAUAUCAGAGUUCCAGAGACUGCUUGGGUUUCAACUGAAUCCCGCAGGAUGCGCCUUCUUCCUUGAUAUGACUAAUUGGAACUUACAAGCAGCAAUUGGAGCCUACUAUGACUUUGAGAGCCCCAACAUCAAUGCCCCUUGCAUGUCCUUUGUGGAAGAUGUGACAAUCGGAGAGGGAGAGUCGGUGCCCCCUGAUACACCAUUUACAAAGACCUGGAGAAUACAGAACACAGGAGCAGAAUCCUGGCCUCCCGGGGUGUGUCUAAAGUACGUUGGAGGGGACCAGUUUGGUCACGUGAACAUGGUGAUGGUGCGUUCGUUAGACCCCCAGGAGAUGGCGGAUGUGAGUGUACAGAUGCGGAGCCCUGUUGCUCCAGGGAUGUACCAGGGCCAGUGGAGGAUGUGCACAGCCACAGGCCUAUUCUAUGGGGAUGUGAUCUGGGUGAUCCUGAGCGUGGAGGUGGGAGGCCUCCUGGGAGUGACGCAACAGCUCUCCUCCUUUCAGGCCGAGUUCAACACCCAGCCUCACCGCAACCUGGAAGGAGACUACAACCCCUUUGCCUCGCCACAGAAGAGCAAGCACUCUGGCAGCCAUGACAACAGUCUUCACGAGGACAGCGGUUACAAGGACCCUGGGGAUACCUGGGAUGGUGCCCCCAACCCAAUGCAAGCAGAGCAAAAUGGACUGUCACACAACUCUGUCAAUAUAGCAUCAAACGGCCUCCAAAGCAACCUAUCAGUAGUGACUUACAACCAGGGUUUACACGGACCCUAUCCUUUCGGGCAGUCUUGAAACACAGGAAUGGUCCCAGUCAAGCAGCACUGUGCCCCUGGAGUCACACCAACUAUUGAGGAAGGAGGCGUUAUCAGGUGCUGAUGGAGACUACUGAGAUUCAUACUGACACUUAUGCAAAGCCCCCCUCCACUGAAGCAGGCGAGGCUGCUCUGUUCCCAGCGUUCAAGCUCAUCCUACAUCCAGCGUAUGCAUGUGUGAAUGCUAAGUUAAAAUGAGUGCUAUGUAUGUUUUUAGAAGAAAGAGAUGAUAAUUUUUUUCUGAUCUUUAUUUAGUUUGUUUUUUAGUUGUCAGAUUGCAGUAAAAGACUACAGUGAUGAGAAAGCGUGGAUGUGUGUGUUUGAGCAUGUGUGCGUGCUGUUGUGCAACCUGAAAGAGACUAAGCCAUUUUUUUGCCUUCUGAUCCUCUAGUUUCAGAUCUGAUUUCUAAACGUUUGAGUUCUAUCUUAUCUUAACCUUUUAUUGUAAUUUCAUGGUGUAUACUUGUUAAGAAGAGGAGACAAAGUAAUCUUUCCAAAUUUGACCAGAUAAACCCUUGAAUUAUGUAUUAUUACUUAAUCGAUAUAAAGCAAGUUCCAUUUAAAAGCGUAUGAAGGAUUACAGUAUUCUCUGCUAUGUUUACCAUUGAUUAUAUUAGAACUAAAAUUUGCCUGGCAUUUGCAAAACAAUUUGCAAAUAGGAACGAUUCUGGUAUUCAUUUUCGAUUUCCAAAGGUUGUUAUCAACGGGAGCAGACCAAAAUGCCUCUGGACGCAAUUAGAUAGAAUUGGAUCGAUGCAACACAACUAAUCUUGGUUUUUUACAAAAAUGUUUCUUCUCUGGACAGUCAUCAUAUUAAACCCACCCCAUAUCGGAUGAAUGAUUGUGAUUGACCUGACGAGAUUCUGGUUGGAGGAAAGUCUGUUUGAAUGGGAGGAUGGCCAGACCCAUCUGCAAGAGCACAUAAAACAUGAGCCAGCAGAUUUGUCUGAUUCCCGGGCUAAAAAAGAUUACCCUGCUGUCUGAGAUGUAAUGUGGCAUUUGUCCACUGGAGAGCAACAUCUGAUCAGACCCAUGCCAAACUCGAGGGGAAACUACAAACAGUAACACUUUAUCGGUUGGUCGGAGUUCUGCAAUAUUGCAAAUGAUAGCACAUUUUUAUCCCUAUACAGUGCCAUUGAUUAAUUAAAUUUAUUAAUUUUAUCAUCCUCAGUUGAAUGUAUUUGAUGAAUGUAGAAAAAUAUGUUACACAUCUUAUUUUAAUCUUCCCAAAGACGUUCUAUAGAUGACUUGGACUGACAUGUACUUGUUGGUGUCUUUUGGCUUGGCUUAAUGUCAAGGUUCUUGAACAUUUAUCAUAUUUCCUGUAUGAUGUCUGAAAUCAGAAGUUGAUCUUUUGUUCAGGCAAUUAAAUGUAUAAAAAACACCCAUACAAAUCAUAGAAUAAGAGACUGUCUAGUCAAUGUUUUCUAUAGGAUUAGUUUCUGAAUGUGUACAAUUCCUUGCACUUACGGACUGAUCUCUGCACUGAGUCAUUAGAUUUUUAUAUAAUUGUGGUGUCUAGUUCUUUUUGCUAUAAUGUCUUGGAGGCUACUUAAAUAUUUUAUUAUUUCUUUAUCAACAGUUAUUGACUUUGAACACCUGGUUUUGUGACCUAUGUCCACCGUUUUUGGCUGGGCACAUAACGUCUGCAAACUAACAAUUGGCCCCAGGGAAGACUAAACUUGGAAAAUAUUGCAGCCGCCAAAACCAUACCUUCUCAUAUUUUAUACCUGCCUCUGCUGGCUUUUGGUAUGUCACUGACCAUGUUAUUGCAUUUGCAAUGCUAAAGAACAUUGUUUCUCCUCGUCAUAAAAGGUAUACACUGCUUUAUCUUCUCCUGCUCUUCUCUUUUUGUUUACAGUCUGACACUAUGUUAUUGGUUGAAUUCUGUAUCAUUUGUGAUGCUCAUUUGUUUUCUGAAGUCUUCGUGCUGGAUGGAUCAGAUGGUGUUAGAGUGUAACUUCAGAGUUUUACAACAGGACAUUUAGAAGACUAGUGAGUCAGAGAGAAGAUAUGAAAGCUUUUUUCCUGAGUGAAUGGCUGUUUGUAUGAUUAAAUUAUCACUGAAUUAAAAAAA